AUGGAUAACAAAUCCGGCCAGUCAGCUUACUACGGUAACACUGCUGUGAGGCCGCCUCACGUGUACUCUUCAUCGGAAUCGCAGCGCACUCUUGCCCAGCGACGGCUCUCCAUGUAUCAAGGCCAGCCUCCUUCUCAAGACGGCAACAUGUAUCGUGUCUCGACACAGAGUACCAACGUUCACGCCAUUAGCGAACAACACCGAGCGAGAAUCGAGGACGAAUUAGCCAGGAUCAUGGCUCAAGCGGGUGGACCAUAG